GGCCGAGCCGCCAGAUCAUAAGAUUACACCAACAUGCAAUCCGUAGUAGUUUGAGUCCCUGUUGGCUCGACUUCAUCCAUAGGCUUUGAAAGCCACAUGUGCUUACAUUACCGAAACACACAUCACGCCUGAGAGGCAUCUGGAAAGACAGCCUUCUGCGAUGGUUUUCAUGAAGGGUGGAAUAUUGAUGGUACUAUCUGUUGUCCAGACCAUGGACACCGCGCUUUCCAUGGGGAUGCCAAUCGGAUGGCGCUCAAGAGCGCACAAGAAGACGAUUGCGCGUAGCCCAGCGUCCGACACGAGUAACGCCACGGUCUUACGCGGCGCGGCGAAUGCGAGCAGUAUGGCGCAUACGCCAGAUGGGCAGGUCAUUUUAGACUUGGGCGACGGUGGCGACCCCAUCGCAGUCACGUUGUCCAGUGGGAGGGUCGUCAUCCAAAAGAGAACCAGUGGCAGCAUUGAUUUCUUCAGGGGGUGGUCCGAAUACAAGUCGGGCUUCGGCGACAACGACAACUUCUGGCUCGGGAAUGACAACAUCCACCGUCUCACUGCAGCGUCGAGCGAGAUCGAGCUGCGGGUGGACCUCGUGGACGCCGAUGGUUUGGCGCAGCACGUCACGUACUCCACUUUCCACGUGGACAGCGAAACGAACCUAUAUCGACUGACAAUCGGGGGAUUUUCAGGAGACAUCGGAGACAGCCUGGCCAUCCACAACGGACGCAGCUUUUCAACCAGCGAUCAGGACAACGACCUGUACCAGCAGGGCAGCUGCGCCAGUAAGUAUUUGGGCGCGUGGUGGUACAACGACUGCCACAAGUCAAAUUUGAACGGCCGCUACGAAGGACCUGGAAGUGUAUCUGAAUAUGCUACAGGUAUUAUUUGGGAGACUUGGAGAGGGUAUUAUCCCCGGCGGAUUAUUCCAUGCAGUCCUCAGAGAUGUCCGUAAAUUUUUUGCCAGACUGGCAAGUGCUUACCCCCACACCCAGUCCGACGGCUUUCCCGACACCAUACCCGACGGCUUUCCCGACACCGUACCCGACGGCCUUCCCGACGCCGUACCCGACGGCCGACCCGACGGCCAGCCCAACGCCAAGCCCGACGGCCUUCCCGACGUCGUACCCGACGGCCUUCCCGACGCCGUACCCGACAGCUUUCCCGACGCCGUACCCGACUGCCUUCCCGACGCCGUACCCGACAGCCUCUAGUCCGAAGGCCGUCCCGGCGACAGUGUCGUCUGCAGCGUCUGCAGUUGGCGAUCCGCACCUGCAGAACAUUCAUGGUGAGCGGUUCGACUUGAUGAAGGCGGGCAGACACGUCUUAAUCCACAUUCCACGGAGGGACGAUACGAACACCCUACUUCGUGUGGACGGGGACGUGCAAAGGUUGGGUGGACAGUGCGCUGACAUGUAUUUCCAAGAGCUGAACAUUACAGGGUCGUGGGCGAAUGUGAAACGCGCUGGCGGUUUUCACUACCGCGCUCAGGGCGUCGGCCCCCAACGCUCCCGCUGGGUCAAGUUUGGGACAGUCCAAGUGAAGGUCGCCCACGGUCGCACGCAACAAGGCUUCAAGUAUCUAAACAUUUACGUGAAGAACCUCGGUCGCGCAGGGUAUCCAGUCGGAGGCCUACUCGGCGAAGAUGACCACACCGAGGAGGCGAUGCCGCCCCAGGCGUGCCACCAUCGGGUCGCCUUGUAAGCAAGGCGUUGCGACUGCUAUCCCAAUGCUGGGGCCACAGCGUCUCUGAAGAAGCGCCAGAGCUGGCAGCACAGGUGCUUGAUCGAGAGCAGUCGGGGUUACGCACGGGCGCGGCCAGUAGGCCAAAACUCUGCCUUGAAGUGAUGGCAUCAGCAGCUAGUGGCGGUGGCACGCGAAGUGGCCGGCCAGAGCACGUGGCGGUGUACUUGGCUCCUCCUCCUUCUCCUUCUCCUGUUCCUCCUCCUGCUCCUCCGCUCCCUCACCGAACACGCCUGCGGCGAAUCACCGCCGCUCCUUGCAGUUUGGAAGCGCAUGGGUGCCCGAUUGUUGUGACCAGAGCUCGGC